CUGGAAGUAGAAGCUUUUACUCCGAAAAAACACAUCCGGUGUAGAUCUUCCCAUGUUUUGGCUCUUUUGCCUCUCAGUUUAGUUUCAAUUUAAGUCUAUACAAGUUUAAAUUAGUUUUAUCCAGCCGCUAUGUCUCGAGGGUCUAGUGCGGGGUUUGACCGCCAUAUCACCAUCUUCUCUCCAGAAGGAAGACUUUACCAAGUCGAGUAUGCUUUCAAAGCCAUAAACCAGGGAGGACUGACCUCCGUAGCGAUCAGAGGAAAGGACUGUGUUGUGGCUGUCACACAAAAGAAAGUCCCAGACAAGCUAUUGGAUGCGAUGACAGUCACACAUCUGUUCAAAAUUACAGAGAACAUUGGCUGUGUUAUGACCGGCAUGACUGCUGACAGCAGGUCUCAGGUGCAGAGAGCUCGGUAUGAAGCGGCUAACUGGAUGUAUAAGUACGGCUAUGAGAUCCCUGUGGACAUGUUGUGCAAACGCAUGGCGGACAUCUCUCAAGUGUACACACAGAACGCAGAGAUGAGGCCACUGGGCUGCUGUAUGAUCUUUGUGGGUCUGGAUGAAGAGUUGGGUCCUCAGCUGUAUAAGUGUGAUCCAGCCGGAUACUACUGUGGCUUUAAGGCCACAGCAGCCGGAGUCAAGCAGACUGAGGCCACCAGCUACCUGGAGAAGAAAGUCAAGAAGAAGCUGGAUUGGACCUAUGAGCAGACCAUAGAGACGGCUAUCUCAUGCCUGUCCACCGUUCUGUCCAUCGACUUCAAGCCCUCUGAGCUGGAGGUGGGAAUUAUCACUACAAAAGGAUCUGGAUUCAAGAUUCUGUCAGAGAAUGAGAUCGAUGUCCACCUGGUGGCUUUGUCUGAGAGAGAAUGAGGAGACUCUGAAAAAGGAUGAAUGGCAACACCAGAAAAACCCCUUCCUCUGCCUCCUCUGCAAAAAGGUCUCGCCUAGAAGGAAGGAGUUGGCAUCAUCUUGUUCCAAAGAGGUGGUGGUUGAAAUACAAAGAUAAACAGUUAUUACCAGGUGGUUGGGAAAACGUUACCCAUCUGCCCCAACACCUCCACCUUUAGCAUAGUCGCUGACUGGACAUGAUAUUCUCCACACGUCCAUCCCUCCUGCAUUUUCUGGAAAGAUGCUGAACAUUCAGUACCACCACACCAGUCUGAUAUCUCCUCCUAUCUCUGGAUGGAGCCCAAAUGGCUUUAGUUGAUGAGUGCGACAUGAGCAGAUUGGAAAGAUGGGGGUUUAGUAACAGGACAACAACAGCACAAUUACCUCUAAAACCUCUUAGUAUAGAGUAGUGCAGGAUUGAGUUCUAACACCCGGGAGUGAGUGAGCAUUUUAGCAAGUCUUUUUGAACCUGUUUUCAUUUAGAAAUAAGGUCUGUGGUUAAUAAAAGUUUCUGAAAUGUUCAAGUUUUGUUCACUUUUACUGCUGCCGAUGCCGAUAGAUUUUUACUGCUGCCGAUGAUGCCUUUACGUUUAGGAAAUCAUAAAGUUGGUGUUAAUAUAAGGAGAUUAUCCUGCUGUACAAAACAUGUAACUAUCAUAAACGUGUGUCUGAAAUAAGUUCUGUGGGUAUACAAUCUUUCAGGACUUUCAAAUCUUUUCAGCGACAAAAAAUACAUCAUUAGCCACCUUUAGCUAAGCGCUAUUCAGCUAAGCGUCAUGUAGUUUGUUUAUAGCCUAACGUUAGCUUUUUUUAAACUUCUGGCAGUUGCAUUUACGAUUCAAAAAUCAUAAAUGUUGUGUUGGUAUUUGGAGAUUAUCGUGCAGAACCAAUAAUGUGUAUCAUAAACAUGUGUUAGCCACAGAUCUUAUUUUCUACGAUGUUCCUAACGCUGAGUUUCGGGAGUCGAGGAAGCCGUUGCAAUGCUAAGUUUGGCGUACAAAAAUACGUCUCCACUGCACCAUUUUGUUUUACAUAGCUUCUUGAGUCACUGUAUUUCAACAGUGCUUCCAAACUUUACUCAGGGCUGCCACAUACAUUUUAUUGAUCUAAUUUAAAGUGUCCCCCCCCCCCUCCACUGUUUGUAAUUUCUAUGCUCUGAUUAGGACAGUCAUCCCUAUCUCACCCUUAUCUAGGUCUGCUCAGGUCAACAGGAAGUCGCUGAUUAUUUCAUUCUCUCCCCCUUGUGUCUCAACCCCCCUUCUCUCUGCUGCCAUUGUUGUAAAUUGCACUUCUAAUAAACACAAUGUUUUUACUGAA